AUGGCGACGGCGGCGGUGGAGCCACCGAGAAAACGCCACAUUCCCGCACCGAUGACGCUCCCCGGCCCAAAACCACAAAGAGUCUGCUUCUCUUACGCAGCCUACACGAAGAAUCUGAUCGAUUAUCUAAUUAAAUCGAAUGUCCCGGUGGAGCCCGGCCUUUCCGACGCGGAGGUCACCGCCGUCGAGGCGGCGUUCCAUUUCGCCUUCCCGCCGGACCUCCGGUCCAUCCUCCAGGAAGGCCUACCGGUCGGGCCCGGUUUCCCCAACUGGCGGUCCUCGUCCAAGCAGCAGCUCGAGAUCUCAAUCAAUCUGCCGAUUAUGGGGAUCUGCAAGGAAGUCUCGAGAAACGGGCUCUGGAUCGGGUCGUGGGGAGAAAGGCCCGAGGGCCCGGACCGGGCCGCGAAUUUGGCGCGAGAUUUCCUGAAGAAAUCCCCAAUUCUGGUUCCGAUCUACAAUCGCUUCUACAUCCCGGCGGCGCCCUCCGCCGCGGGAAAUCCCGUGUUCUACGUGCACGGCGGUGACGUGAGGCUUUGGAGCUUCGACAUAUCCGGUUUUUUCCAGCAGGUGGAGCUCCGGGUUGGCGGCGCCGGAGAGGAGGAUUCAGGGCGGCGGAGGGUGAGUAAUUUGCUGGCGGUGCCUGCGUGGGCAGCGAAGGAGGCUCGGAGGGUGGAGUUCUGGACGGAUUUGGCGGCGGAGGAGGGUGGGGCGCGUCGGGGAACGCGCGGGUGGUGGAGUGGGGAUUUGGGAGGGUGUUUAGAGAAGGUGUGCGGGAGGUUGAGGGGUGGAGGGUGGAGAGAGGAGGAGAUAAGAGAGAUGAUGACGAUGGACGCCUGCGAUGAUGGGCUCUGUCGAGAUGGGGGAGAGCCAAUGGGGGUGGGACACGUGGAGAAGCUGAGGAUGAGAUUGCUGGGUGCGGGGUGGAGCAGUGAGGAUCCUGACUUGCUCUUGACGAAGGUUCUCAAAGGAAAGUAUUUCCCUGAUACUUCCUUCAUGAAUGCUAUCCACAAGUCCUCAGACUCCUGGCUGUGGAGUUCAUGGCUGAAAGCUAGAGUUCACUUCAAAUCAGGCGCUAGAGUGAUGCUAGGGGAUGGAAAAGAUACCUUUAUUUGGUCAGAUCCUUGGGUUCCUGGGUUGCCUAGCUUCAUACCAUCUCCUCAGUUUGCUGGGGACACCCUCAGGCUGCAGAGGGUAAAUGAACUUUUUGAUAGUAGUGGGGAAACGGGACAUUGA